AUGAAGCUGGAUGACAUGAUGUUAUCCUCCUUUCCCCCCUCCAAUCCUCCCUUCCUCGUUUUCCUGCUCCUUCUUCACUCCCUACCUCCGCCUCUGAUUUUCUCAUCGCUGUCCCACGCCCCGCUGAGCUGGACCUCGCCCCAGGACCCGUGCUACUACCUGGACGGCCGUCCUCGCCACUGUCUGUCCGAGUUCAUCAACGCCGCCUACGGGGUGGCCGUCAACGCCAGCCGUUCGCUCCGAGGCUUGGAUUUUGGCCGCAACGUCAGCGCCUUGACGGACCUACACAAUCCGCACAACCUCACCUGCUGGCAGGCUCAAGGCGGUUCGGGGAGAGGGGACUGGGUCCUCACUGUGCCACUGGGACGCCGCUUUGAAAUCACAUACAUCAGUCUGCAGUUCUGCCAUCAUGGCGAGCCAUCGGACCCCAUCUCCAUCUCCGUCCUCAAGUCCAUGGACUACGGGCGCACUUGGAGGCCCAUGCAACACUACUCCAGUGACUGCUUUGGGGACUUUGGGCUUCCCUCCCAGACGGUGGCUCAGACACGACACCAGGAGACCGAACCGCUGUGCUCAGAUCCACGGCCUCUGCAAAGGCAGCGAGGCGGCAUGGUGCUGGCGUUCUCAGCUCUCGAUGGACGCCCGUCCUCUCCUGAUUUUGACUACAGUCCCACCUUGCAGGACUGGGUGACGGCCACAGACAUCCGUGUGGUCUUCCACCAAAAGACAAAACAGGGCUCAGAUGGCUGGACGGAAGAAGGACUAGGGACGGACAUCCUGAGUAGGAGAUUUGGUUCUGACAACAGUUUUUCCACAAAAAAGUCAGAUAUGAUCACGCAGAAGAAAACAGACAAACACCAAAGAAGGGGACAUCGCAAGAGCUCGCAUCGAGAUGAAGAUGGACACAAUGUGACCAGCAAGGAGAGCGGCGAAGCUUUCACCUCGGCUGUGACGUCAAAGAAGGCCACGACGGCUCGAAAGCUCAGCCGCAAGAAGGAAAGCGACCCCUGGCUGCUUUGCCCCAAAGGCGACUGCACCUGGAGGGUGGAGGGCCACCAAAGGGCGGGAAAAGAACUGAGGAAGCGCAGCAACAACCAGGACAGCGACCGGCAAAGCUCCAGGAAUCUACUGGUGCCGCCUCCAACCCCUGCCGCCCCCAAGCUUCUGGCCCUGUCGGACCUGCAGGUGGGCGGCAGGUGCAAGUGCAACGGACACGCGUCCAAUUGUCGCCGUGACGACUCCGGUCGAGCCUCGUGCGUGUGCGAGCAUCACACGGCGGGCCCGGAUUGCGACGUGUGCGAGGAUUUCUACUUCGACCGACCCUGGCAUCGCGCCACUCCCAUGCAACCCAACCCUUGCGUGGCCUGCGAAUGUAACGGCCACUCCAGCAAGUGUCGCUUUAGCAUGGAGGUCUUCCAGCAGUCCGGGCGGCACAGUGGGGGCGUCUGCCUCAAGUGUCGCCACCACACCGCCGGGCGCCAAUGCCAGUACUGCCAGAAUGGGUACACACGGGACCAGAGUAAACCGCUGCACCACAGCAAGGCCUGCCAAUCGUGCCAGUGCCAUCCUUUGGGGGCGGUGGGCCGCUGGUGCAACCACACGUCGGGUCAGUGCCUGUGCCGGCAAGGAGUGACGGGCCUCAGGUGCAACCGCUGCGCCCCGGGCUACAAGCAGGGCACGUCGCCACUGCGCCCCUGCGUCCGAAUUCAAGAGGUCGCUCCAACGCCGAUGUCCCAGUCUCAACAUGGCAUCGAUGAGGAGUGUGUGUCCCACUGCCAGCCAUCGCAGGGCAAAGUGAGGAUGAACUUGGACACCUACUGCCUGAAGGACUAUGUCCUGAAGGUGCAAGUGAGAGCGAUGGAGCGUUCAGGUCCCUGGUGGCAGUUCUCCAUCUCCGUCCAAACCGUUUUCCGCACGGGCUCCCCCUCCCGCAUCCGCAGGGGCCCCCAAUCCCUGUGGGUCCCCGACCGGGAUCUUUCCUGCGGCUGCCCUGCGAUCCACGUGGGCCGGACCUUUUUGCUGAUCGGCGCCGACGAGGGCGAGAGGGGCUGGGCGCCCGAGGAGCGGCGCUUGGUGGCCGACCGCUCGACGCUGGCCCUCCAGUGGCGCGAACACUGGAGCCCCAAGCUGAGGGGCUUCCGGGGACAGGACAAGAGGGGGCGCUGCCAGGACAAGUCCUCCGACCCCCACAGGAGGGAUUCCGAGCCGCAGACGGGGUACAUCCCCCCGCACCUGCUGGUCGACACGGACACUGGGAGCUCCGUAAGCGAGGUCACGACCUUGUCGCCACCCGACCUUUUGGUUACGACACAAGGUCACAUAUGAACAUGAAUAAAGUCUCGGCCAUCUUCUUUUUCCGUUUUUUUUUACACUCUUGGUUUUGCCUUCUUCUCUCGCACCAA